AUGUCCUUACCACCUUCAUUGGACAUUGUUCUAGAGAUUCUGGUCAUGGCAAUUACUCAAGAAAAAGAAAUAAAUGACAUCCAGGCUGGAAAGCAAGAAUUAACUCUGCAGUUUCAGUUCCGCAAGGCUCUGUCACAAUGCCUACAUCAUUCACCUCACUUCAUCUCCUCCCGAAGGCAUUUGAUCAUCUUGCAUCCUCACAAGAAGAGGAAGAGCCCUGAGGACACCUGUUGCCCCACACUCCUUCUGGAGGGGCCCAAGAGCAUCUGCUUGCUUCAGCCGGGCACUCUAGACACUCAGGAACGACGCAUCACCUUUGACAGAGUCCUGGGCUCUGAUGCUGCUCAGGAGGCUGAGCAGGAGCUGCUAGCACGAGUCCAGUCCACACUAGGCUUGGUGGCCCGAGGGUACAGUGUGGCGCUACUGCUUCGGGGUCGGGAAGCAGAGACACCCCGGCUCGUACCUCAGCUAUUGCAGAUGCUAUUUGAGGAAGCUCUGCCCUGCGGAGGUCCUGAUCCUGUGCUUAUUACUCUUAGCCUGGUGCAGCUCAGCCGCGGCGGGAGGACUCGGGACCUGCUCUCUCCAGGGACAGAGAACCUGUCAGUGCUAGAUGUGUCUCCCCUGGGCUUGGUGGUGGAAAAUGCCAGUGAGGUGGAGGUGUCUGACUCAAGAGCAGCCUCGGAGGUGUACUUGCAGGCUGCAGGGGGCAAAGGCAGGGCCUGCUCUCUGCUCACUGUCACCAUGUCCUGCCCAGGGCCCGAUCCUCCUGAGGGGCCUGGGAUCCAGGGCAUAUGGCGAGGGGCCUUGAGGAUCCUGCAGCUCCCCAGAGCCCUAGAUUGCCCCCUGCUGCAGGUGUUGGCUGGUAAGGUUAUUGGUGAGGCGGUGGAAGGCUCUCUGCCAUGGAUUGUUGCACAGCUUCUGGAAGGAAACAACUACAGUGGCCUUCUUCUUCGCCUGGACCCUCAAGGUGGCUCCCUGAGCUUGCUCUGGGCUGCUCUGUUAGGGGCCGAGGGAAGGAGGAUGCAGGUGAAACAGGUGAGGCCUACCCUGUGGGAUGCGGUAGAAGAGGCCCAGGUCCGCCGUGCUGGCCUGAAGAGCCUGCGUUCAGGCCUCCUUGGAGACAACCUGAAAGAGAGUGGGCUCAGCCAGUUGGGCAGGGCAUUGCGAGAAUUGCAGGUGGUAAAAGCCUGGAGCCAGCGCCCAAGAAGCCGGAUGCUCGAAAGGGUAAAAGCUGAGGCUGUGGGGCUUCCAGCACUACAGGUAGGUCUUCUCGUUCAACCUCUUAGGAGCCCCAUUGAUGUCUGGCUUCCUGUCCUGUUUGCAGAGCACUAUGUGGAGGCCCUUCCUUCAUUCACUAAUUUAUUGAUUCCCAGACGUUUACUGACUUCUCACUAUGUGUCAGGCACAGUGCUAUGUAGACCCUGGGAAAUCCCUGUCCUCAUGGAGUUUACAAUUUCUGGAAAGAAACAAUUACAACAAGAUGAUCAAUGCUCUGAAGGCCUUAUCAACACAGGGUUCUAUGGGGCAUCUAAGUUAGUCUUGGCAAGAGAAGGAAGGAAUGUUUCAUGGAGGAAGUUAAUUCCUGAAGGAGGUGGCCAGGAAAAUGAGAGAACAUUCCAGGCACAGAAGAUAACAGGCAAAGUCUCAGAAAUAAACUGCAUGGCCGGUUCUGUACAGAAGGGGGCACUGUCUUCCAGGAUUUGCCACAGUGCGGCUGGAAUGCGGCUCCUGUCCACCUCCCCUGCCCUUUUCAUUCAACAGCACACCACAGCCCAGGCUUCCAGGGAGAGCCUGAAGGCCUGGGAGGUCCCAGAUGUGGCCCUGCAGUUCUUCUUGGCCCAGGCGCGGAGGAAGAGACUGCAUGAACAGCACCAAAUAUGGAUCCAAGAGGAGCUGAAGCAUUUGGAACAGGAGGAGGAGGUGGCAGGUGACCAGGUCAAAGGCCUGGUGGCUGCAAAGGAGGCCGGCAAGGAGAGGCAGAGAUGGUCCCGGGAGCAGAAGGUGCUGAGACUCCAGUUGGAGGCCCUUCAGGCAGAGCAGGACACUGCGGAGCAGGACCUCGCAGCCCUCUAUGACCUGCACGUGCAGGCUGCCCGAGCUCGGACACGCCAUAUGCUGCAGGUAUUCCGAGCCUGGCGAAGGCUGUGGGAGGAGCAGGCCGUGACCACCGAGCAUCACCACCGCAGCCUGCUGGCUGGUGUCCUGCAAGACAACAUCAGCCUGGCCACGCAGAACCAGGAGCUCCAAGCCCAGAAGCAGCAGCUUCGGCAGGGAGCAGACUAGGCCGAGGCCUGUCAUUGCCGGAUUGCAGCCCUGGGGAGAAAUCUGAUGAUCAGUAAUCCUGCAGGGGCAGCUUCCUGUCUCUUCAUUCUUAAGGGGCCUAGAAGGGAGAGGGAGCUGGG